UCAAGUGUUGAGCUCAUCAGUUUAGUUGGAAAUCACACUCGAAAUGAACACCGUUUAGACUUUCUCACCUCUCCAAAUUCCAAGUGUCCCAAAAUGUUGGCUCUGGCCAGGAACUCGUGGUGUGGCCAAAUGCUGGGGCGCCGUUGCCCCUUCUCGAAGGCAUCCUCCGGCGGAAAGCAGGCCGAGAAGCAGGGCAAGUACAGGAUCGUGAUGGUGCGGCACGGAGAGUCCGAGUGGAACCAGAAGAACCUGUUCUGCGGCUGGUUCGAUGCCAAGCUCACGGAGAAGGGUCAGCAGGAGGCCUGUGCCGCCGGCAGUGCCCUCAAGGCGGCCAAAAUGGAGUUCGAUGUGGCCCACACCUCGGUGCUGUCCAGAGCCCAAGACACCCUCACGGCCGUCCUGAAGUCCAGCGAGCACAAGAAGAUCCCGGUGUGCUCCUCGUGGCGCCUCAAUGAGCGCCACUACGGCGGACUGACGGGACUGAACAAGGCCGAGACCGCCAAGAAGUUCGGCGAGGAGAAGGUCCAGAUUUGGCGCCGCAGCUUCGACACCCCGCCGCCGCCCAUGGAGAAGGAUCACGAGUACUACGCGUGCAUAGUCGAGGAUCCGCGCUACAAGGACCAACUGAAACCGGAGGAGUUCCCCAAAACCGAGUCCCUAAAACUCACCAUCGAGCGCACUUUGCCCUACUGGAACGAGGUGAUCGUGCCGCAGAUCAAGGAGGGUCUGCGCAUCCUGGUGGCCGCCCACGGCAACAGCCUGAGGGGCGUGGUCAAGCACCUGGAGUGCAUUUCCGACAAGGACAUCAUGAACCUCAACCUGCCCACCGGUAUUCCCUUUGUCUACGAACUGGACGAGAACCUCAAGCCCCUGGCCACCUUAAAGUUCCUCGGCGAUCCGGAGACGGUUAAGAAGGCCAUGGAAACGGUGGCCAACCAGGGCAAAGCCAAGUGAUCUUUUCAUUUUUGGGUAUAUCAACUCUCCUCCUGGGAAGGUCAGGGCAAUCAGCUCAAUGCACUUGCAUGCCAAACAAAAACAGCGGAUCGAAAGUGCCCAAAAAAAGCGAGAGAAAACUGUGGCAAGGCGAAUGUCAAGCAGCAAAUAAAUUUAUUUGAUUUUAAUUGACAA